CUUUCUUCCUUUCUUCUUGUAUUUACAGAAGGAAUAGAACUUAUCUUCUUCCUUUUUCUUUAAAUAAAUAAAUAAAAAAAAAAGACUAUAAAAUAAAGAAUGCUUUUUGACCGUUAUAAAAAUAAUAAUAGUAACACUAAUAAAUCAAAGUCAACGAAGAAUGAAAAAUCUAUUCCAACAAAGAAAUUAAGUUUAGCAAAUAGUUUAUUUAAAAGGCUUCCAUUUAAUUUCUAUUCUACUUUUAAUUCUAACAACAAUAAUCAUGAUAAAAAGAAGUAUCAAUCAAAAAAGUAUGAUACAAAGAAUAUUACAAGUACUCACCAGCCUCCAAGAAGUUCUAUAUCUUUACCUAAUAUUGUUUCCACAAAGAAUACCGAAAAUCGUCCUCCAAUAGUUACACCUGAUAAACAUGCUUGCGCUCCGAUAUCAUCUUCUAUAUCUACUCCACAUAAUAUAGCAUCAUCGCAACUAAAUAUAAAACAAAGAAAACGUUAUUCAGCAGAGCAACGUCAUCAGCAUCGUCACCAAUGGGUAUCCGUACAAGAAGUAAACCGUCAUUCAUUCACUUUCGGUCAUUUACCUUCAACAAAGAACUUAACAUUGGAAAAUUUAUUCUUGCCUUUAGAACAACUUGCUACACUUGAAAAACUCAUUGCAAAUCAUUCAAGUAUAACAGAUGAGGAGUUGUUAGCUAGGCUCGGGAGUACAACUAACCAAAACUCACUUGUGCCUCAUCGAUCAAUAAGUCAUCAGCAUUUGUCAAUAUCCUCAUCUUUUCAACGUAAAAUGUUAAAUCGUACUCAUUCAGAAUCUCAUAAAAAGCGGAUAGACUUGAAUAAAAUUCGUUUAAAACCAGAGGAAUUAAUUCAGAUGUUAUCAGACGACGGUGACAGUGACAGCAACAAAAAUGUUCUCCUGAUUGAUGUUCGAAAUCUUGUUGAUUAUCAAAAGCAACGUAUACGAAAUUCCAUUAACGUCAAUUUACCUUCAUUACUUAUCAAACGAUAUCAACGAGGUACAGUGUCGAAUUUCAAUCUUGAAAACUUCAUUACGACAGUUGAGGGAAGAGAAACUUAUCAGCUGCAUAAGCAACAGACAAAGGAUAUAACCUCAUCGUUACUGUCUACCCUUCACGAACAUUCGUUUUCGACUCUAUUAGAACAAAAGGCAUUAGAAGCUGAGCUUCAGAUGAAAACAAAGAAAAAUAAAAGCAAUAAUAGAAUGAAAAUUUGGGUUGUCUAUGAUCAAGACAUGCCAGAAAACGAUCAGUCUUCUCAGGCUUGGACUUUGUUGAGUGUUUUAGAACGAUUAUGUUUAGAUGGUAAAAGUAAAGUCUAUUAUUUAUAUGGUGGAUUUCAGGAGUUUCAGAAGGCUCCCCUUCAUGAAUCUUGGAUUAUCUCUUCCAAUUUACAUGAGCCUCUUACAGGAACAUUAAGACCUAACACUGAUAAUAAUUAUGGACCCAGACGAUCUAUCAGCUAUACUCUUGGUGAGUCUAAAAAUGAUGUAGAUAACAAAAGGGCAAGUCUGUUUACGUUAGAUACCCAAGCUGCUCGUAUUAAUAAUGCAAACGCGCUGGCGCGUAAAGCCAAAAGAAGGUCCCAGAAACUACUUUUAAAUAAUAACAAUAGUCUUCUUCCCUCUUCUAAUUAUCAUACAAACUCAACAAUCACCAAACCAACAACAACAACAACAACAACUCAGACUUAUUCUUUUUUACAACAAGAGGAAGGUCAAGUAUACAAGAACUCGAUAAGGGCUCAUUCUAGUCUUAAUCAAGUUGCAGAAGAUGAUGAGAUUUUGACAGCGGAUAUUUCCCCAUGUACAGAAACUGAUUUUGAUUUUGUCAUUUCAGACGUGAUCCCAGGGUUUUUGUUUGUGGGACCUGAAAUUGAGACAGAUGAGCAAGCAAAUCAAUUGGUUCAAGUACGUCAAAUUAAACGUGUCCUCAAUAUGGCAGAAGAAUGUGAUGAUAAAGGUUUAAUGUUAGUUCGUGAUCGUUUAAUAUAUCAUAAAAUUGCUGCUCGCGAUACUUUAGAAAUGAAGAACAUUGAACAUGUCAUGAUGGAAGCAGUCAGCUUCAUAGAGGAAGCUAAAAAGAAUCAUGAACCUAUAUAUGUUCAUUGUAAAGCAGGGAAAUCACGUUCAAUUACGGCUAUUUUGGCUUAUUUGGUAACGUCAGAACGCUGGACGUUAAAAAGAGCCUAUCAACAUGUGAUAAAAGCUAGACCCAAUAUGUCACCCAAUAUUGGUUUCAUAACUGAAUUAAUGAAAAUGGAAGGUAAAGUACAUGGCUCAGUUAGUAGCUUUCUUGAAUCAUCAGAUUGGCAAACGACGUCAUUACCAAGUCCUGAAUAUCUAAAGGAAUUAAAUCAAUUAGAGAAUGCAUGGCGAACAGAAAAAUAAUAAAGGAAUACUAGUAUUGCUUUUUUUUUUUUUGUGCAUAAGUUAACAUAAAUUCCUUUUUU